AGUCCUUAACAGCCCUUGACAACAAGCCAUGGAUGAGUCAAAGGGACCUCAAGGCUACCACCAGACAGAGGGUGGCUCAGUGAAGAUGCCCCAGCCUGUUUGCCUGAUUGCAAAUGAAAGUGGAAGUAAACUGCAGGUGAACCAGGAGGCCCUGAACAUCCUGAGCUCCAUCAAGCAGCCUGUGGUGGUGGUGGCCAUUGUGGGCAUGUAUCGUACUGGCAAGUCUUACCUGAUGAACAGACUGGCUGGGAAGCGCACAGGGUUCUCCUUGGGCUCCACCAUCCAGUCUGAGACAAAGGGCAUCUGGAUGUGGUGUGUGCCUCACCCCUGCAGAGAAAACCACACACUGGUCCUGCUGGACACAGAGGGCCUGGGAGAUGUGGAGAAGGGAGACCAGACAAACGACACCUGGAUCUUUGCACUGGCCGUCCUCCUGAGCAGCACCUUGGUCUACAACAGCAUAGGCACCAUCAACAAUGAAGCACUGAUGAGCCUUCACUAUGUGACAGAGCUCACAAAGCACAUCAAGGUGAAGUCCUCCCAGGAAGCUGAAAGUGAGGCCUCUUUUGAGUUCAUCCGCUACUUUCCCUCCUUCGUAUGGACCGUGAGAGAUUUCACUCUGGACCUAGAGCUGGAUGGGAGGGCCAUCACAUCUGAUGAAUACUUGGAGAACUCUCUCAAGCUCAAACCAAGUAAGUCCCCUGUAUUUAAGACAUUUAAUGGCCCCAGAGAGUGCAUCCGGAAGUACUUCCCCCUUCGAAAGUGCUUUGUGUUUGACCAGCCCGCCACCAAGCGCAAGCUAAAGAAAAUGGAGGAGCUGAGUGAUGCUGACCUGGAACCUGAUUUUAUCAAGCAAACCAAAGACUUCUGCAGUUACAUUUUAAGCCAUUCAAAGGAGAAAAGCCUCACAGGGGGGAUCACAGUCAAUGGAAGCAUGCUGGCUAAUCUGGUGGUGACGUAUAUGGAUGCCAUUUGUGGAGGACAGAUGCCAUGCCUGGAGAACGCAGUGCUGGCUCUGUCACAGAUCGAGAACUCUGCUGCAGUUGAGAAGUCACACGCCCUCUACAGGCAGCUGCUGGGAGAGCAGGUGAAGCUGCCCACUGAGACACAGGAGGAGCUCUCCAGUGUUCAUGAGGGCUGCCUGAAGGAGGCGCUGCAGCUGUUCAUGGCCCGCUCCUUCAAGGAUGAGGACCAGCUCUACCAGGAAGACCUCAUGGAGCGUAUCAAGGAGGUAUAUGAGGAGAAGUGUCAGGAGAACGCAGAUCUCUCCAGGAAGCACUGCAUUACUCUGCUGCAGCAGCUGUGGGAGUCUCUGGACCAGGAGUCCUACAUGAGACCAGGAGGAUACGCUGACUACAGAGUCCAGGUGGACUCCAUCAUUCAGCAGUACAGAGAUACACCUGGCAAAGGCAUACAGGGUGACCAUGCCUUGGAGGCCUUCCUGAAGGAGAAGAGUGACCUGGGGAGAAACAUUUUGAUGGCAGACAAAAGUCUUACUGAAAAACAGCAAAACUUAGAGGCGGAGAAAGCCCGUGCAGAGAUGGAGAGAUUUAAAGCAGAGGUAGCCAGGCAGGAACAAGAGGCCAUGGCUCAGAAAAUGGAAAACAUGGAGAGAGCGCACAGAGAAAAUGAACGGCAGCUAUUGGAGAAAAUGGAGAAGGAAAACAAGGCAAUGAUGGAAGAAAAUGAACGAGUUCUUACCCAGAGAUUGGAGGAGCAGAAGGCCCUCAUAAAGGAGGGGUACGAGCAGAAGGCAAAUGAGAUGGAAGCUCAGAUCAAGAGCCUGCAGCAGAGGGUUGCAUCCAGUGGUAGUACAUGUCGACGCCGACGCCGACGCCGAGGCUGCGUGAUUUCCUAA